AUGGGUUAUCUUGGUCAAAUUUUUGCUCACAUCGGAGAUGAUGAAAGUUCAAAGCCUUCAAACAUAAUCUCGGUUGUUGACGGGAAUGGUGCUGAUAUCAAUGGUGGAUUUGGCGGGAAAUUUGUUUGGCUUAUUGCAAACUUCCAUAAUCACGAGCCGAGUGCGAUUUCCCAAAUCGCAGUUGACAUCCAGGAUCAGCAGGACAAUGGCCGCCGUGACCUUGCUUCUGGAGCAGGAGGCCAGUUCCGUUAUCUAGCCUGGCGCACUGAUGGUGCUAAAAAGAUAACGAAUGUUCAAGUUCUCCGUCGCAAAGACCAAGUGAGCUGGGAUACUUUGCGAGGCCUUGGGUUCGAGGGCAUGUCAAAUGAUAUCAAUGGGGGCCGAGGUGGUGAUUUCCUGCACCUGGUGUGGAAAUACUGA